AUGGCGCCAACUGACUCGAAGAAGCGCUUAGCGCUGGCCAUUAUUGAUUUCCUGGGAUCCAGUUUGAAAGAUGGCACUCUGACUGCGGAAGACGCCGAUUCCAUUGAAAUCGCACAGAAUUGCAUUGCCGAGACCUUCAAAGUUGACCCCAGUGACGAUGCUGCCGUAAAAGACGCUCUGGGCGGCCAGUCCCUCGCCAGCAUCUACAGUGUUUAUGAGAAACUGAAGAACAAGACCGCGGGCGCCCCAGCGGCUGCUAAAGGGGAAGAAUCCAAACCCGCGGCAGCGCCCAAAUCCAAUGCUACUCCGGAAUCCGACAAGUUGAAGUCGGAAGGAAACGCCGCUAUGGGCCGCAAGGAGUAUGAUGCAGCUGUUGACUUCUAUACACAAGCUCUCGACAUCGCCCCAUCAAACCCGAUCUACCUCUCUAACCGUGCUGCGGCUUACUCGGCUUCAGGCCAGCAUGCUAAAGCUGCCACAGACGCUGAGCUCGCUGUGAAUGUUGACGCGCAGUAUGCCAGAGCCUGGAGCCGACUGGGUCUUGCACGCUACGAGCUGGGCGAUGCUAAAGGCGCCGUGGAAGCGUAUGAGAAUGGCAUCGAAGCAGAAGGUAACGGUGGAAGUGAUGCUAUGAAACGCGGUCUGGAGACAUCGAAAAAGAAGGUGGAAGAAAUGAAACGUGCAGAGUCUGCACCUCCGGCUGAAGAGCUGGAUACUGCCUCUGGAGCCUCUAGGGGAGCUCCAGGGGGGAUGCCAGAUCUGUCCUCUCUGGCUGGUAUGUUUGGCGGUGGUGGUGCCGGCGGUGGUGGUAUGCCCGAUUUGGGUUCUCUCAUGAGCAACCCCAUGUUCGCAAGCAUGGCUCAAAACCUGAUGAGCAACCCCGAUAUGCUUAACAAUGUCAUGAGCAACCCCCGUCUUCGUGAAAUGGCCGAGAACUUUGGUGGUGGUGGUGGUGGUGGUGGCAGCGGCGGUGGCGGUAUGCCGGACAUGUCGUCUCUCAUGAGCGAUCCAUCGAUUGCUGAGAUGGCGAGAAACAUGAUGGGUGGAGGAGGUGCUGGUGGCGCUGGUGGCGCUGGUCGAGGAGCUGGGGGACAGUAA